CUCACCUUCCAACAGCCAUACAACUCACCGUACUGUAACACCAUAUCGUAUUACAAGUUUACAACUCCGAAUGAAGAUCACGGUGCACUCGUCGAAAGCCGUGAAGCCGGACUACGGCAGCCGUCCAGCCCCGGGCACGGACGAAGUGAUCCCGCUCACGGUGCUCGACAAGGCCAACUUCGACUGCUACAUCUCCGUCAUCUACGCCUUCCACCCGCCAUCCCCACCCAACACAACCCUCGAGGCCGGCCUUGCCAAGUGCCUGGCCGAGUACCGCGAGUGGGCGGGCCGGCUCACGCUCGCCCCCGGCGCCCACGGCCGCGGCAUCGUCCUCAACGACGCCGGCGCGCGCUUCGUGGAGGCCACAGCCGACGUCGCCCUGGACAGCGUCAUGCCGCUCGAGCCCACCCCCGAUGUGCUCGCGCUCCACCCAUGCGUCGGAGAAGAGGACGAGCCGGAGCCUGAGCUGAUGCUGAUCCAGGUCACCCGGUUCGCGUGCGGCUCGAUCACCGUGGGAUUCACCACGCAGCAUAUAGUGUCCGACGGCCGUGCCACGGGUAACUUCUUUGUGGCGUGGAGCCAGGCCACACGGGGCGUGCCCCUUGACCCCGUCCCCGUCCAUGAUCGCGCCUCCUUCUUCUCUCCCAGUAGUACACUGGUGCCAAAGGUUCAGCACCAGCACCGCGGCGUCGAUUUCAAGCCGGCGAACCUCGACAAUGGCGACAAUGGAACCGCCGUCCGUGAAGACGACGAGGACGAGGUGGUGGUGAGCAAGGUGCACUUCAGCCGGGACUUCAUCUCGAAGCUCAAGUCAGAAGCCUCCGCCUCGGCGGGCCAUCAUCAGCGGCCGUACAGCACGCUGCAGUGCCUCGUGGCCCACCUCUGGCGCCGGAUAACAAAAGCCCGCGGCCUGCUACCCCACGAGCCCACCAGCGUCAGCAUCGCGGUGGACGGCCGGGCCCGGAUACACACCCCGCGUCAAAUCCCAGAGGGCUACACGGGGAACGUGGUGCUCUGGGCCCGGCCCACCUGCACGGCCCAGGACCUCGUGGAAUCCCGGCCGUUGGGCCACGCGGUGGAGCUGAUAAACAAGGCGGUGAGCCGGAUCGACGACGGCUACUUCCGGUCCUUCGUGGACUUCGCCGGCUCCGGCGCCGUGGAGAAAGAGCGGCUCGUGCCGGCGGCCGACGCCAAGGAGAUGGUGCUCAGCCCGAAUAUCGAGGUGGAUAGCUGGCUCAGGAUGCCGUUCUACGACGUGGAUUUUGGUGCUGGGCGGCCAUUCUUCUUCAUGCCGAGCUAUCUCCCCGUGGAAGGGCUGCUGAUCCUGCUGCCGUCCUUCUUGGGCGAUGGCAGCGUGGAUGCUUACGUGCCGCUCUUCGGCCGCCACGUGGACACCUUCAAGAACAGCUGCCAUACACUUGAGUAGUACUCUCUCCGUCUCAUUAUACGAGGCAUGCCUUCAUCCGAAGAUUUCAAAUUUAACUAGCAAAAUAUAAAUUAUAUUUCAUAAAAAAAAUUUAAUUAGAUUCGUAAUCAAAUGAACUUUCUAAUGAUAUAUUUUUCACGUCAUAUAAUUUAUAUUUUGAUGGUAAAAUUGAUGAUCUUAGACACGUGCAUGGAUGGAGGGAGUAGCUAACUCUGGCUGCCGGAAGUGCUUAAUUUGCGCUGUCUAAUAUGUUGUUGAUUGAUUCAGUUGUCAAUGUUGUUUUGGCAGAAUAAAUGAACGAUUUUUUUAAUCUUGGAA